AUAUGCGGAGAUUGAGGUUAUUUCAUCAAAUUAUUAUUUCAAGAAAGCAACCACAAUCGGUUUUCAUAAUGAAAACGUUUAGUGGGAGCGUGCCGACACAACAUCUGACUGUAAGACAUGUUCAGGAACGCUGUCCUGCAUGUCCAUCUGUCACAUGUCUAGCUGUGAAUCUGUUUUACAGCUGGUGUAGUUGUGAGUAUUAUCUCCUUGCACAGUUUCAAACCUGGGACUGGUGUAAAUUGGUGAGAGAUGUGACUGACAGGCUCCCAUCUGGAUCGUACAUCCUUUUCAAAAAUACAGAAAAUACUACGAGACUGACCCAAGGCAAAUUUUAAGGUUCAGGAAAUUCCUAUAAAAAUGUGCAUUUCGGCUGCAAAAUGACCCCAUUAUUGAAGUGUACAAGUUUGAAGUUAUUUUGUAGGCCAGGUAUAGCUUGUUAUGUGAUAGGGUGCUAUAGAGUGGUACAGGCAAGCUGCAAGGAUGUAUUGUACUGUAUGUAGUGAAUGUUAAUAAUGGAAAAUAAUGCAACAACCCUUGAUUUUGAUGAUUAAAAUGGUGUAGAUGCAUGUCUAUUCCACAUUGCUGCACACAUGCUGGCUGCAAAUCAAUAUCACAUCGUUUUUUAUUAUGUUAGUUUGCAUAACAUCAUAAACCACUGCGUGGCCUGAACAUUGGAAAGUUGAUAAUAGUUGUCAGUUACACUGAGAGAUUAGCAGAGACAGGAGACCCUCAUCUGAGCUUUCCACUCUGUUUUAUUAUUAUGUCUGAACAGUCUAUAACUAAAUCAAAAGACUUCACUCAAGUGCAGGCAAAACUAGUUAAGAUGUAAGAUGAACACUGUAUCAAACACUAUCUCAUUUGAUGUGUUUCAGGAGAAAGGGUUUCUAUUAAAUUAAACCAUGAGGACCAUUUUCCCACCCAUCAGUUAAAAGCAUGUGCACUUUUUUAUACUAGAGCUACAAGAAAAAAACAGUAAUCUGAGAAAAACAUGACAUGACACAAGCUCUCAGAGAGCACAUGCAGUGUGUUGGUAAAAAACGCAGAAUUUUAAACUCAUCUGUUGCUAACCGGUACAUACAAUAUUUCCUAACAUAGUUCACAUGUUUCUUUCACAUGCUAAUUCAGGCCCAUGCUUCCUCAAAUUCUACAUGGCUGAGCUGUAAUUAUGUACACGUGAUUAUUAUUAUUAUUAUUAUUAUUAUUAUUAUUAUUAUUAGUAGUAGUAGUAGUAGUAGUAGUAGUAGUAGUAUUGCUUGAUGUCUUCUAGUACAGCAAUUGAAUUUCAAUAAGUCAGUCCGUCCGUCCGUCCGUCCGUCCGUCCGUCUGUCUGUCUACAACCACCAAUCUUUAUCUUCUUACUUAUCUGUACUUGAAACACACUGUCUUGGUACAUCAUGGCUCAUGAUACUGUUAUUUUUAACCAACCAUAUGGAUGACCUCAGCUUGGGUGAUGUGUCAGUGGGACUAAGGAGAUCCUCAAAGUAUUCUCUCUAUACCGUUUGAUAACAUCCCAAGUAGAAUUUAACUCUGCCCCAUGUCCCUCAAGCUUUCUGGGACUUUUUCCAGCUUAACCGCAUCCCUUACUUACACUACCGUGUUCUGGGCAACAGGUGCCAGAGACCUUGCAGCCACAGCUACGGACAGCUGUGUUUAUAUUGCAAAUGGAGAACAUGGUCCACUUGGACUCAUGUCUCCAAUUUUCCUUGGGAACCACAGUGGGUUCAGCCAGAUGUUCCUAAGAGAAUCUUUAUAAUAUGUUUGGGCCUGCCUGGUCUGUCCUGCCUACCUUUGUUCUGUGGUGGAAUUUAGAAAUUUGAAAGAAAUUAACUAAACUGCAUAUAUGUUAAAUUGUCUUAUUAAUGAUCUUAUAUGAACAUUUAACAUUUUAAAUUCUCACUUAAAUUUACACUUCAAUUUAUAAACAUUUUCUCAGUCCAGAGUAAUCCCAUGACAGAGUUAUCAAAAAAGAAAACAUGCAAGAAGCCAAUUGUUAAAAUGUUUGGCCUCCAUCCAGUCAUUGAGUCAACAGCUUCCCAGCCAGUUUCUGGUUUUGGUUGUUUCCACUAUCCAUUUCAUUUAUACAAUAAUGAUAAAAAUACCCCAAAGUAAUGAAAACACUUACAAUUUGAAGCUUGUUGCUUAUUUUCAACAAAUUUUUAUGUCAUACCCUGUUCACACCAUUUGAACUGAGCAGAAAGGCAGUAUAAGUAGAUUCAAGAUUUGAAGAGAUUAGAAGAUUAGAAGAAUCAUUCAGUUCAAAUGAUUUGACUUUGAGUAGAGGAAAUAAAUGUAAAAACUUUUACUGAUUGUAAUUUAAAAAAACACAUUUCAGUUAAGAUAAAAUGAGAUAAACGUUUUUUAAAAUCUUAUAAUGAGGACAUUCGAUAACCUAACUCAAAAAUUUGUUGUUUGGGCAACCUGAAUCGAUUAAUUUUGAUAAUGAAUGUUAAUUUAUUUUCCUUAUGAUUUCUAUGUAUCUAUUUAAUUAGAAACACAUUUAUUUUCAUGUACAGUGAAGGUUUCACAGUACUAGAAAUUUGCUUUGGCAAUUUGGUACUUACAUACAACAUAAGGACAUAGGACACAAACUAAGUGAAAUAGUGCAGUAGUUGAUUUAAAAAGUAAAAUUUAAAUUUUAUGUAUCAAUGUAAAUCAGUCAGUAGGUGUACAAAGGCAGGGGCUUUGCAAGACACAACAUAGGCAGACAAAAAUAAUGUUAUUACUUGUUCAAGAGUCUAAUAGCAGACAGGAAGAAGCUGUUUUUUAGCGUUCUGGUCCAGGUGGACCGUUACCUCCUACUCAAAGAAUCUUUGUCCAGGGUUGGAGGGAUCAGCUGUGAAACAACCUGCAUGUCGCAUAGCCCUUGACCUGUGCAGGUCUUGGACAGAUGGAAAGUUACAUAUAUUCAACCUAAUUUGAUUUGAUUUGCUGCUGUCAGGAAGGAACACAUUAUUAUAUAUUGUAUUGAUAUUACUGUAAGAGCAGUAGAGAUGGGCUGUGUUUUAGAAAUCCGCACCUAAUUUCUGUAGAGAGUUGUGUUUGUGCAAGGACUAGGUGUGCACUAGGACUUCUCCAUCUCUCCAUCGUUGUCAGCACCAGCUUCCACUCUAGAAAUACAGUAUAUAUAGCAGUAAUAAAGAGGCGUGUUAAUAGCAGAUGUAGCAGUGUGUUUGAUGGGUAGAAACAACACAUCACGGUGUCAGGAAGCAGCAGAGGUGUUUGUCGUGAAAUGAAAAUUCCGAUAUACUGUACAUGGAUAAGCUGAAGCAGCAUGAAGCAAAUAGAUCAACCUAAUUAUGUAAUUAUCAAUAGAGAAUGUCAAGAUCUGAAAUAUAGAAGAUGGUAAGUGAUGGUUGUUGUAGUCCUCAUGUCGUAUGCAAGGGGUAUAAACAUGAAGGUAUAGUUUUUUUUAAACAUUGUCUAACACCUGGAUAUUCAUCCAAGCUCUGUUGCAGUAAAUGAACAGUGAUGCUCUUGGAACCCACCAGUGGAUUGUGAAAGCCCAUCAUUUAAUGCAAAUGCAAAACGAAACUGCAUCCACCUAAUUCAUUCUCAUACCGAUCAAACUGUAAGAUUAUGGUUAAUCUAUUCGAUGGCAUAUGGCAGGAAAAGCUCCUUUUGAUCCUGCCUGUAGAGUUUGUCAAAUCAAAUGCAGAGAUAACGCGAUUCUGAGCAGAUGUGUGCUACAGUAUGUAGCCACAAAUGCGCUCGCAGCAGGAGUUCCAUUCCCAAAACUGUGGAUUAUCCAGGUCAAUCAGUGAGUGAGGGGUCCUUUGCCUCCCAAGCCCCAGAUUCUCCCUGAAUCCCCAAAGAUACCAGAAGCCAUGUUAGGACCACAGUUUGUACUUCACAAUUUUAGCACAAUAGUGACACAUUAUAACAACAAGCUUUCUUGGUUGAUAAAAUAAUUCCAUUGUUGCAGGUAAAAUACAACAGUUGCAGUAGUUUUCUUCUUUAGUUUUUUUGCUUUCCCACUUUGCUGCUAACAGCCAGACAUGCUGCUACACAUUAUUCCACACAGCAUCAUUGAAGCAAAAUAGGUUAGGCAAUGGCUGACCAGCUGCAGCAUCUGGGCAUACGCUGUUAUACAGUAUGUACGUUAAUGUAAGCAGCAUGUUGCACUUCCGCUCUAAGAGACUCAUACCAGGCUUACAAAGCAGAGUGAUGGAUGAGUGUGUGGGAUUAACGCCAGCUGGCCUUGGUGUGUAUGUGCUCAUCAGCGGCCGUAUCCACACGUCUGUCUGUGUGUGUGACCCUGGACGUAAUGCAGAGCAGGUCUUUGUCUAUAGAGGGAUUUGGGGCAUAGAGCUGUAUAUUACAGCUCAAAUUUUUGCCGUAGUAGGUUAAAAGUGGUAGGUUAAACUGAAAACUGGGACCACAGCAUGUAGGAAUUUAAUUGAUUUCUUCAUAAGCUGGAUAUCUUGCUACUUUUCCUACACAACUGAUAUGAAUAAGUGAUGUAUGGAAGUCCUAUCCAAUCUAUCCAUCUAUCUAUCUACUCAUAUCAUUGUACUGUAUAUAUUGAUGUUGAGUGUUGAGUGUGUUCAGUGUUAAUGUGUUCGAUAAUUGUUAUCAGAUACCAGAAAAGCUUUUUUGCCCGGUGCUGUAGAGCGCACUUUACAGAACGAGGAAUUUGACUUGGUGUUGGCAGGUGGUGCGUUUAAGCAUAAAAAAGGUACAGGCAGUACAACCUAUAUAUGGUAUUAUGCAUAUUGUUAUUCAUAAAAAUGUACUGAUGGCCUGCUGCUGUAAAAGGACGGCAGAUACUGCAGAAUGUCAUUUGUAUUUCACUGACCUCAUACAGUAUUAGUUGUUUUUUUUUCUGAAAGGUCUUAAGUAAUGUCUUUGUAAUGCGCCUGACUUUUGCUGUCAUCUCAGCUAUAUGAACAAACCUGAAUUAGAUUCAAUUACAGCAUUUUUGAAUACCAAACAAACAGCUUUUAUACCUUUUGUCCGUCUCUGCCCAUGUGAGUUCAUGAGUAACCAAAGCUUUUCCAGGGAAUGUCCUGAUCACUCUAGGAGUGGCUAUACUGACUAUGAAGGCAGGAUUUCCAGAGUUUAGGAAGGGAGUUGUGCUGAGGAUUCAUUGUGCAGCACUCCAGAGAGACUGACCACUGAGUUCAGGAAAGGAGCUGGGAUCAUAGUGUGUAGGAUUUUCAUAAACGUCAUGUGCUGAGUACUACUGUACUUUUUCUACACAACUGAUAAGUCUUGAUAAGAAUAAGUUUUGUAUAGAAGUUCUGUCUUAUCUGUCUGUCUGCCUGUUCAUUCAUCCACAUCCUAUAUAUACUGUAUAUCUCAUACACUUAUGUGCAAUUUAGAUCACAGAGAAUGUGCACACGCUAACCCAGGACUGUCUUUUUAGAUCAAUUGAAACAGCCAUUUGGCCGCCUGAGUUACCAGGCCACCCAGAUAUAAACAUGCAACAACUCUUGAAAGUUCCUGAUGAUUUGUCUCUGGAGGAGAGGGAUGAGCUGUCAAACAUACGACUCAAGAAGAAAGAGCUGCUUGAUGACAUUGAGAGGUUGAAGUUUGAGAUAGCAGAAGUCAUGACAGAAAUCGAGCAGCUGACGUGUGUUGGAGAGAGUAAAACAUCCCAGAGAAACAAACAAAUUGCCAUGGGCAGGAAGAAAUUCAACAUGGACCCAAAAAAGGGAAUCCAUUUCCUGCUUGAGAACGACCUCCUUCAGCACACUCCCGAGGACAUUGCCCAGUUCCUUUACAAAGGCGAAGGUCUCAACAAGACCGUCAUCGGACACUACUUAGGCGAGCGAGAUGACUUCAACAUCAAAGUGCUCCAGGCCUUUGUGGAGCUGCAUGAGUUCACAGACCUCAACCUUGUGCAAGCACUACGGCAGUUUCUAUGGAGUUUUCGUUUGCCAGGUGAAGCCCAGAAAAUUGAUCGCAUGAUGGAGGCAUUUGCCUCACGCUACUGCCAGUGCAACCCUGGGGUCUUCCAGUCCACAGAUACUUGCUAUGUGCUGUCAUUUGCGAUCAUCAUGCUGAACACCAGUCUACAUAACCCGAACGUCAGAGAGAAGCCCCCUGUGGAGCGAUUUAUCUCCAUGAACAGAGGCAUCAACGAAGGAGGGGAUCUUCCAGAGGAGCUUCUCAGGAACCUCUAUGAAAGUAUAAAACAUGAGCCAUUCAAAAUCCCAGAGGAUGAUGGGAAUGAUUUGACACACACAUUCUUCAAUCCUGACAGAGAAGGCUGGCUCUUAAAGCUUGGUGGCAGGGUGAAGACAUGGAAAAGAAGGUGGUUCAUUCUGACAGACAACUGUCUGUACUAUUUUGAAUACACAACAGAUAAAGAGCCUCGUGGGAUUAUUCCUCUGGAAAAUCUCAGUAUAAGAGAAGUUGAAGAGCCAAGGAAACCUAAUUGUUUUGAACUCUUCAAUCCCAACCACAAAGGCCAGGUGAUCAAAGCCUGCAAAACAGAGGCAGAUGGCCGCGUCGUUGAGGGCAACCAUGUAGUAUAUAGAAUAUCAGCCUCCACACCAGAGGAAAAGGAGGAGUGGAUCAAAUCCAUUAAAGCUAGCAUCAGCAGGGAUCCUUUCUACGACAUGCUGGCCACCAGGAAGAGGAGGAUAGCAAAUAAGAAAUGACGAUUGCCUAUUUCCAACUGCAGUGUUACUAUUUCUGGCUUAAUCGUUGACACAGGACUUGUUAAGCCUACCCAUUCUAUGGGAAUUACUGGGACUAAAUGAACUACUGGAAAUUGGAGGAACAGCUCUUACUAGACUAUGACAAUGCUUUCCCCUGCUGGAUACAUAGGGAAUUUAUUUUGCUGCACCACAAAUGCCAAGGUAGUAUUUGAAACCUGGACAUGCAUUAUUUUCCUUUCAUCCACACUGGCCUAUGUACUCAAGAUUCCCAGAUGCCAAGUCAACAUUUUAUUAUUUCCACUUUGCGUCAACAACUGCCAACUGUGUUUUAUUUUACCACUUACCCUCAAACCUCAAUCAAACCUGAAUCAGCUGGUCUGAUAUAGCCUUAGUGACUGUGUUUGUAGAUUUUAACACUGGAAACCUAUGUUCAUGCUACUUUGAUUUCAAUUUCCUGUAUACUUAAUCUUGAAGGACAAAAUAUUUAAAACAAAAACAGGGAACAUAUCGAUUAAGACAUCCCAAAGCUAUAUUGCAUCAUGUAUUUAUUCUGUAUUGAACUCCACCUGUCAGUUCAUUUUUUUUGUAAUUUAUUUUCUCAAAAAAGGCAGCCUGAAUUGCAUCAUAUGUCUGUAUAAUAUAAAAUGUACAUAGUUUUUUGUUUAUGUA